AUGCCGCACACAUAUGCAGAUGCUGAGCUGAAGGACGACCCGGAUCUGAAGACAACGGUGAACAACUACAUCGACGAGGCGUACGAGCCACCUGGCUGCAUUAUUCCCGGUGAACACCGGCAGCAGCUCAAGCAGGCGUAUGCCAUCUUCGAGGAGGGUGAGGUCUGUGAAGCCAAAGGGAACCUGGCCGAGGCGCAAAGGCUCUAUGUCAGUGCGAGCCAGAUGGUUAUGAAGGUCAUCACUUUGGACCAGUACAAGGGCAAUGAUAUUCGGGAAAUUCUGGUUGCUAGGAACAAGGUGACUGACUAUGUCAACCGUUCGGACGAGCUGACCAAGAAGCUGAAGCUGCAAAGCAAGACGAGGGAAAGCCGCAAGUCAGAGGGCAGAACCUCGCGGAGUCGCAAGAGAAGGUCACCGGAGGACCGCAGAGAGGAACGAAGAGACAGCGGUGGCAGGGCCCGUUCGCGAGAUCGGCGCAACGAUCGGCGGGACGCCCGACGCGACGACCGUCGGGAUGAACGAGGCCGCAGGGGGGACCGAAGCCGCAGUCGGGACCAGAGGCAGGGCAGCGGCAAUCGGUCUGCGGCGCGACGGCGCCGCGACAGCCACAGCCCGGAGCAGAGCGCCCAGCAGGACCCAAGCCCUGGGGUCCCCGUCAUGCAGGUAGAGGCGACGCGCCCCAAGGGCAUGCCUCCGAGGCCUCCGGAGCGUGCGGAGGCUGCGGAGGAGCCCAAGAGGCCCUUAACUGGAAAAGACUUGCUGGUGUUCAGGCCGAAGGCGAAGAGCCGGCGACAGACAUCGACGACGUGA